AUGGUUUCAUGGAGCACAUCUUGCAACUUCGUGCAAGUUCAGACUGACACAUUCUAUUAUCUUCUUAGCUUUUCUUCCAGGUAUGAGAAGAUCACGCCCUGUAGGUUCUCCUGCGGGGAAAACCUGUAUUUUUGAUCAAUAGCAGCGUGAGCCCUCUCCUCAAACAGACGAGUGGCCAUGGUGUCAUGGAGCACAGCUUGCAACUUCUGCACGUUCCUAGGGACACUGGUCUGCCUCUGUGUGUUUUUAAAUGUUUUAACAGUGAGGUAAUUUAUUGUAGCGCUUUUAAAUGUAAUCAGGCAAUCAGAUAAGGCAUUAUCAGAUAACCUGGGUGUUAUGUGUUGAUGUUCUCACCUUGGCCACCAGGGGUAUUGUGUAUAUAGUUUUCACUCAGGUCCACAUAAGUUAAUUUAGGUGGAAAAUCGUGGGGUUUUGUUGUUACAAUGUGGACAGCCGGCUGCCCAUAAAAGUAGGCCGGCUGAGCUGUUCAGUUCAGUUCAGUUCCAGCUUACUAUAAAGAACCACUUGGAGAAAUCUCUGUGUCAACUGCUAUGUCCACCCACAACUUAAUACUGGCAGACAGAAAAAACAACAACAUUCAAAUUUCUGUUGUAGACCACGUUUUCUGUGAUGUAGGCAUGAUGUUUCUGGGGGGGGUGUUCUUGGGUUACACGCCUUCUGUGAUGUAUGUAUGAUGUAUGGAGGGGUGGUCUUGAGCUCCAGGGCAGGGAAUUUAAAAUGUCUAUAUAAGGGCAAGCACACCUUUGUUCAGGGUCCUCCUCCUUUCCUGUGUGUGAGGGGAGCACCCUGUUGCCACAGCUUUAAUAAAGAUCAUGCUUACUAGCUGCUUUGCUUCUCAAUAUUUUCUGGUUGGCCUCUGUUAUCUUCUCCUACCAAUAGGGAACCCACGUAAGGACUCUAUAUGGGCUCUUGGAUACCCCAUAAGGGAAAAAGGGCAGAUUUUGUUUACAACAGCCUCGACUCACCCGCCCCAAACUAACUCUUACAUUCGCCUGACUUUAACUUCCAUUCGUCACAGCUGCUAGCCUGCAACUAAACAGGCUUGCCAGUUUGGGGUUUUUAUGUCGGCUUAAAAAGGCUUUCUGCUAAAGGAUUCUGGGAAUUGCAGUUCAGCAAGGCUGCUGAAAAUUCUAAAGGUUUUUUUGCCUCCUUCCUUCCCUCCCAGAACUACAGGUCCCAGAAUUGCGUGGGGAGUAAAUUACCGUAAGUCAGUAAUAUAGGUUACAGGACAAGUUUAAGGUCUUGCUAUUGGUAACAUUGAGAAUGUCCUAACUUGUACACACUGGUCUGGAUGCUUUGAUCCUUGGGAGGAGAUGGACUCUCAUUUGUACUGUAUGCUCCUAAGGUUCACUGGAUGUCUGCUAAGCCUUUAGUGUGAAGGCAUUCAUUGUGGAUUUUAAUUUUUUUUAAUUGUCUUAUGGUCAUGGUUUUAAGCUGAUUUCAUUUUAUAUGAGUUAUAUCAGCCAUAAACGAACAACUAUUCCAGCAGGCUUCGAACAAUCACCUUCCCAUCUCCUCCCACAGGGUGUGCCCUGCCGAAGACCUCCCUUUCGAAGACGACUCUGUGGACCUGGUCACGGCGUUUGCGGCCGUCCACUGGUUUGACGGGCCUCGCUUUCUGAGGGAAGUGGACCGAGUUCUCAAGCCGUCAGGCUGUGUGGUCUUCAGCUCCUACAACCGGCACAUGCAGUUGUGUUACAAAGAUUGUACAGACGAGUUAACGGAGAUCUUCAGAGAGGUCAGUCCAUCGCACAGGCCUCGGACCUGA